AUGACGGGGACUAUUUUGUUUCUCUUGUUUCUAGGGAUUCCUCUCUACCACACAGAGGAGCAUACUGUUAAUGAGCUCUACACCCUGAUAGAGAAGGGACAGAGCAGCUUUGUGGAUCCAGCUCUGAGCAACCAGAGUCGGCUGCUGGUCAAAGAGUCCUCCCUGCCCAUCAACGAGCUCCUGGAGAAGAACAGCAAGACUGUGGAGUCCAAGUUCGCCCUCCACCCUCUGCCUCCAGCUGUGUGGCCCAAGCACAGCGACCUGGCCCCCAUACCUCGCCACCACUCUCCCCACAACAAGAGCAAGAAGGGCCCCAAGAAUGAUCGUCUGCUGGAGCACAACAGCGAGAAAGCCAGGAGCGAAGUAGCCGGCCUGCUCCCCAAACCCCCGCAGACAGGAGCCACAGCUGCUGCGGCUGCUGCUGCUGCCACCAACCGCACCGUGCAGAAGAGCAGCCAGGACGCCCUGUCUCACAUCAGCCCUCCACAGCCAAGUGAACCAGAGGGACACCCCAACUCCAGGCCCAGGGGUCCGCCCCUGCACACGCAGCCCCAGGCCCAGCCUCAGCAGCCCGCGCCGUCUCCACGGAGAGAUCACCCCAACCGACGGCUGGACCAGGAGGAGAACCGGCCCGGCAAGUCUAGUCUGUAUCAGUCAGGUAUCAGUGCAGCGGCCCGGAACAACAGCCGCCCGCCUGUCGUCUUCAACCGGCGCUCCUCCAGCCUGCUGUACCAGUUUGACAUCCUGAGGCGAGAGUCUGACUUCACACAUGACGCCUUCUGCAUGAGCGAGUGCAGGAAGGAGAAGGACGAGAAAGAGUAUUACUGUUACAGCGAGUUUGCUGUGAACGGGAUCGUGCAUGACAUCGAGGUGCUGCGUAAAGGAAUAUGGCUCAUCACACUGAUGGUGAGCAGCGACGGUUUCUACAAGAUGAGUCGUCUGUACGUGUCCCCGGACAGCUUCUUCUUCAAAGUGCGCCUGCUGGUCCUGGACACGUUCAAGUGCAGCAAACCCUGCCCCGACAUCAAACUUGGGACCAGAUACAUUGUAAUGGGGCAGAUCUACCACAGGAGGCGCCACCUGCCCAGUGACCUCCUGAACCUGCUGGGGGGUAAACUGAAGCCCGGUGACGGCCUCCUGCGGAGCAACAACUACAUCAAGCGAUUCAACAAGCGGAGACACCAGAAAGCCCUGGAGGCCACCCGCACCAGGUGUAGGUGAACAAAACACAGAGAGACAAUCGCCCCCUGCUGCAGGGGAAGAGACACUGCAGCUUACACAAGCUGAUCGUAACUAGCCCCUAAGUGUUGUGCAAGAGAGAGGACGUUUUGCAGAAGGCAUGGAUUUACUUCCAUAAGGACUGCUCUAAUGUACCAUAAAGUAACAGAAUGUUUUGAGAGACUGAGGGAUGUUUUCUCUUUGUCAAUAUUGUGGGCUUUUAUUUUAUUUUAUUCGUCUGUCCAACAAUCCAGGGUUUGUCCUGAGAAAUGAAAAGAAAGAUCAAAUCAGAGCCAUCACACAAACAAACACAUAAACGAUCAUUGCAAUUAAUGCAGAUUAUUAUUAUUUUCCAGACAAACAUGUUGGAUAUUCAAAACUCACAGAUGCUCACUUUUAGUCUUUUAGUAAAUGUCGGGACCUUGGUUCUCGUCCCACAACCUUUAGAUCUCACCGAUCCCUUGAACUAAUAUAUGAUGCUUCUUCUUUGAUAUGAAUGCAUUGUGUUGUAUUGCACUGAAUAAUAUGUUUUGUAACACCAACCCUGUGCAUGUUGUCCCUGUGGUUGUUAUUGGUAAACAGGAAAGGGAGGGGGUGUUGGAUCUUUCUCUCUGGAGCAGAGGAAGCCUCUUAUUAAUCAGAAAUCUUGAUUGUAGAAUGACGCUGAGCUUGUGCUUCUUAUGAACGGAAAGAUAUUUGCACUGAAUGCUUCAAUUGUGUCUCAAUACACAAACCCAAUAAAAAUGUGUAUUUGUU